AUGUAUCAUGGGAACCCAUCAGCUGAGACAGUGUCGGUUGCACUGCCAUCAUCAACUACAAUAAAAAAUCGCAGAUGGUUUUCCGCAGUUCCAUUAAUUGCUUUAGGCUGUCUCGGGAUAUUCUGUUUGCUAUUAGCAGCAACUAUUGUUUUAGCCUUGAUACCUGUGUAUCUACCAAAACGCGGUGGUGGAACAGUGGCUAAUCGAACAUUUGAUUUAAACAGAGCUAACUUUGCUCGACGCAUCUAG